UUGGGCGCCGCCGGGGACACCCAGGCGAGCAGGCCUGAGGCUGCGGUCCUCUGCUCCGCCCGGGGUCCUCCAGCUCUCUCCUCCCCGCGCCCUCGAGCUCGCCAUGCGCUGCGCCCCGACGGCCAGCGCGGCCCUGGUGCUGUGCGCCGCCACCGCCGGGCUGCUGAGCGCCCAGGGCCGGCCUGCGACCCCCGAGCCGCCGCGCCCCGCUUCCUGGGACGAGGUGAACGUCCUGGCUCACGGGCUGCUGCAGCUCGGCCACGGGCUGCGCGAACACGUGGAGCGCACUCGCGGGCAGCUAGGCGCCCUGGAGCGGCGCCUGGCCGAAUGCGGAGCCACGUGCCGGGGACCCGGGGAGCCCCCCGCGCCCUCCAGGGCCCCCGACAGCGCGGGCGCCGGCGGCCAGGAGGCGCUCGAGACCCUCCGCGACCUGCAGAUGCAGCUCAAGGCUCAGAACGGCAGGAUCGAGCAGCUGGUCCAGAAGGUGGCCGGGCAGCAGCGACACCUGGAGAAGCAGCGCCUGAGAAUCCAGAAUCUGCAGAGCCAGGUUGACCUCCUGGCUCCCCCGCACCUCGGCAGUGGGGUGUCGCAGCCUGACCGAAGAAAGAGGCUCCCCAAGAUGGCCCAGCUUGGUGGCCUGGCUCCCAAUGCUACCCGCCUGCACAGGCUGCCCCAGGACUGCCAGGAGCUCUUUGAGGAGGGCGAGCGGCAGAGUGGCCUGUUCCAGAUCCAGCCUCAGGGGUCCCCACCGUUCCUGGUCACCUGCCAGAUGGCCUCAGAUGGAGGCUGGACAGUGAUUCAGAGGCGCCAGGACGGCUCCGUGGACUUCAAUCAGCCCUGGGAAGCCUACAAGGCGGGCUUCGGGGACCCCCAAGGCGAGUUCUGGCUGGGCCUGGAGAAAAUGCACCGCCUUGCGGGGGGCCGCGGCAGCCGCCUGGCCGUGCAGCUCCGGGACUGGGAGGGCUACGCCCAGUCGCUGCAGUUCCCGGUCCGCCUGGGCGGCGAGGACACGGACUACAGCCUGCAGCUCACGGCGCCCGUGGCCAGUGAGCUGGGCGCCGCCUCCACCGCGCCCAGCGGCCUCUCCCUACCCUUCUCCACGUGGGACCACGACCACGGCCUGCGCAGUGACCUCAAGUGUGCCAAGAGCCUCUCGGGUGGCUGGUGGUUUGGCACCUGUGGCCACUCCAACCUCAACGGCCAGUACUUCCGCUCUGUUCCCCGGCAGCGGCAGCAGCGGAAGAAGGGGAUCUUCUGGAAGACCUGGCGGGGGCGCUACUACCCCCUGCAGUCCACUACCAUGCUGAUGCAGCCCUCAGAGGAUGCCGCGGCCUCCUAGCUCCUUGCUGGGCGGUAGAGGACAGUGACUUUGGCUGUGGCCCAAGGAUGUGGCUGCUUUCUUCCUGGGCGUGUGGUCUGAGCAGGGAUUGCCAGGAGCCUGGUGGACAGAGAAGGCGCCGUGACUGCAGACCCCCCCUGCCGAUCAGAUGCACACAGUGCCCUCCGGGAGGAUCCUGGUUCAGGGCGAGGCAGAUUCUGGCAUGCGGGGCCAAGGGGCAUUGAGGCCACUUCUCGCCCGCCCGAGGAGUGGGGACGUGGAGGGACCAACAGGGAUGGCCAGGCUGGCCCUCAACAGCGGACUCAGUCACAUUGACUGGCCAGGACGGGGCCCUCGGGCCCUGGGUGCCUUCAUGGUGCUGUCACAUGUGGUGCUGCGAUGCCAGCGGUGGUGGCCAGGCAGAGCUCACGGAGUUCUUGGAAUAAAAGCAACCUCGGAACA